AUGAUGAAGCAUAUGAGAAAUAUGCAGAUGGAGUUCUUCAGUGGUAAGGCAGAUGCCAUUGUUGCCGAUAAUUGGAGGAGACAGCUUGAGAGGAACUUCCUUUCUGCCCGAUGCCCGCCGGAGUUCCGCAGAGAUCUGGCAGUUCACCAUCUCAAGGAUGAUGCCCUAGUCUGGUGGGAAGGGGUAGUUGACAGCUCAAAUGGGAUCCGCUUGACUUAUGACGACUUUCUGGAGGAGUUUAACGGAAAGUACUUCCCUUUGGAGGCCAUGGACCAAAUGGAAAGCAAGUUCCAGGACAUUCGUCAGGGCUCGAGGAACGUAAGAGAGUACGGAGAUGAGUUUCACAGACUCAGGAGGUUUGCAGGGCACUACCUGAGCGACCGAGAGUUGGUCCGACGUUUCCUCAAAGGGAUGAGGAUCGAGUUAAGGAACAGUUGUAAUGUGCGAGACUACCGCAACGUUCACGAGUUAAUUGAGAAGGCUGCCGAGCAGGAGGUAGGGUUGGAGGAAGAACGGAAGCAGAACCAGGCCUCCCAGAACCGGGGAGUCAAACGGACCCAGGAAGCAGCACCGUCUGGAGAGGUUGCUCCGGCAAGGCCUCAGUGUCGGAGGUGCGGUCGGAACCACUCCGGAGAGUGCCAGGUGGGCGUGUGCUACAAUUGCGGACAGCCCGGGCAUGUCUUCCAAGACUGCCCGAAUGAAAGACAAGUGCGACCGGGCAGAAUCCGAUGUUACCGUUGCAACCAGGAAGGACACGUAGCCCGAGACUGCAGAGUGCAGCUAGGAGGGAACGCAUGGGGAGCACCACCUCAACAGCAGAGGGAACCAGCUGGAAAACCACGUGCUUACGUAGCCGAGGCCCCCGAGGGUCCCGAGCCGAUCGCGGGAUCCGUCGCGGUCGGGGGAGUGGCGGCUUUCACUCUCUUCGACACCGGGGCAACCCAUAGUUUUGUGAGCCCUAACCUUACUCGCGAAUGGGCUUUUACGGGGAGCUACAACACCAAGAUUGCGGGGGUCGAAACUGCGGGGAAGGAAAAGAUAACAACUAACGGGAAGUACGAAGAGGUGCCGGUGGUCCUCGCAUGCAUAAACCUACCCGCGGACCUGCUGGAGUUGGAGCUCGGACGAUACGAAGUGAUAUUGGGAAUGGACUGGUUAGCUCAGCAUGGAGCUAUAAUCGAUUGUGCCAAGACGUGUGUUCGGAUUCCGCUAGACGGGAGGCAGAUCGUGUAUCGAGGAAUGAAGACUAGGACUGGAGUAUCGGUUAUCUCGAUGGUACAAGCUGAAGAAGCAAUUAGAAAAGGGAGUGAAGCCUUUCUAACCACCAUAUAA